CGCGACUCUCGCUUCUUGAAAACAUGGCGCCCACGAAGCUGUGUGUUCCAGGUGAAAGGCUCUGCAGCACGGAGGACUGUAUCCCCGGCACCGGCACGUAUCUGCGGCACGGCUACAUCUUCGCUUCGCUCGCGGGAUAUGUGCUGAGAAAGAACCAGGGAGAGGAGUUGCCGGUGAUUUCAGUCGUUAGGGAGACAGAAACACAACUUUUGCCUGACGUCGGUGCCAUCGUCACCUGUAAGGUGACGAGUAUCAACCCACGAUUUGCUAAAGUCCACAUCUUAUAUGUCGGUUCGACGCCACUAAAAGACAGGUUUAGAGGCACUAUCAGAAGAGAAGAUGUGAGAGCGACAGAGAAAGAUAAGGUGGAGACGUAUAAAAGCUUCAGGCCAGGCGACAUUGUCCUUGCAAAAGUUAUCUCUUUGGGCGACGUGCAGUCGAACUACCUGCUGACCACAGCGGAGAACGAGCUGGGUGUAGUCGUGGCCCACAGCGAGGCGGGGGCUCAGAUGGUGCCCAUCAGCUGGUGUGAGAUGCAGUGUCCAUGCACACACGCCAAAGAGUUUCGCAAGGUCGCGCGGGUACAGCCGGAGUACCUGCAGGCCUGAGCCACGCCCUUAGACCACACCCACUGGAACACACAGCUUCAAAGACACGCCCCCUCAUGCGGAACUCUCAGCCCAAUAGCAUUCUGUUUGGAAUUCUGUGUGAAUCGGGAUCGUCUCAUUCCACCCUGCCUGUGAAUGCACACUACCAAGUGAAUACUGCACGAGUAUCACAUUACCAUAAUCUGAAUCAGAGAGUUGGAACAAAUUUAUGGGUGAAUCUCUGUAAACUUUGCUACUUGGUCACAUUUCAUCACAAAAUCAAAAGGAAAGAAAAUAAGAAAUUACAUUUUGUGUAAAGCAACAAAAGCCUGUUUUUAGGACCAUUGAUAUUUUUUGUGUAGUAUAAAUGGAGCUUUAAAACCAAUGGCUCUUUUCCAAAGUGGAAAACUGUAAUUGUACUAUUAUUACAGUUACAUUCACUGUCACAACGGGAUUUGAAGUUUCUAGAGCAAUAACAUAAGGCGGCACUGUUUUCUAACUCCUCAAAACACAUGAACCACAAAAAGAGUCACCCAGAGAUGAAUUGACUUUUAUCUUGCUGCUUCUAUUCAGAACUUCUUGAAAUGUCUUAUUUGAUACCUUUUCCUUAUUCUGUCCUUCUGUCUGGAACUGUUUUGAAUGGUCAUGUGUUUACAAGAGAGAAAGAAAUAAAGUGUUUAACAUCACAA